AAAUGAAUGAAGGAGUUCUGUGUCUGGAUGUGGUGGAAGAAAUGAAUGAAGGAGUUCUGUGUCUGGAUGUGGUGGAAGAAAUGAAUGAAGGAGUUGUGUGUCUGGAUGUGGUGGAUGAAAUGAAUGAAGGAGUUCUGUGUCUGGAUGUGGUGGAAGAAAUGAAUGAAGGAGUUGUGUGUCUGGAUGUGGUGGAAGAAAUUAAUGAAGGACUUCUGUGUCUGGAUGUGGUGGAAGAAAUGAAUGAAGGAGUUGUGUGUCUGGAUGUGGUGGAAGAAAUGAAUGAAGGAGUUCUGUGUCUGGAUGAAGAAAUGAAUGAAGGAGUUCUGUGUCUGGAUGUGGAGGAAGAAAUGAAUGAAGGACUUCUGUGUCUGGAUGUGGAGGAAGAAAUGAAUGAAGGAGUUCUGUGUCUGGAUGUGGAGGAAGAAAUGAAUGAAGGAGUUCUGUGUCUGGAUGUGGAGGAAGAGAUGAAUGAAGGAGUUCUGUGUCUGGAUGUGGAGGAAGAAAUGAAUGAAGGAGUUCUGUGUCUGGAUGUGGUGGAAGAAAUUAAUGAAGGAGUUCUGUGUCUGGAUGUGGUGGAAGAAAUGAAUGAAGGAGUUCUGUGUCUGGAUGUGGUGGAAGAAAUGAAUGAAGGAGUUCUGUGUCUGGAUGUGGUGGAAGAAAUGAAUGAAGGAAGGAGUUCUGUGUCUGGAUGUGGAGGAAGAAAUGAAUGAAGGAGUUCUGUGUCUGGAUGUGGU